AAGAAAGGGGAGAGAGGAGGAAAACGGGGACAGGCAGAUCCGAGAGAACCGGGGGGAGGACGGCGGAUGAUUUACGCCCUCAACGUUGCACUAGAAGCGGGCAAACGGCGGCGGCGAAGAGGAGCAAAAACAAGAUGAUAACGCCCUACUUCCUGGAGAGUUUCUGGGGGGAAAAGAACAAUGGCUUUGACGUGCUCUACCAUAACAUGAAGCAUGGCCAAAUCUCCUCCAAGGAGCUGACAGACUUCAUCAGAGAAAGGAGUACUAUUGAAGAGGCCUACGCCAGAUCAAUGACCAAACUUGCCAAGUCAGCUGGCAACUUUUCUCAGCUUGGGACAUUUGCUCCAGUGUGGGACGUGUUCAAGAGCUCGACAGAGAAGCUGGUCAGCUGCCACAUGGAGCUCGUGAGGAAACUGCAGGAACUUAUAAAAGAGGUUCAGAAGUACGUGGAGGAGCAGGCCAAAGCACAAAAAAAGACAAAAGAAGAGGUGGCGUCUACCCUGGAUGCCGUCCAGAACAUCCAGACCAUAUCUCAGGCUCUGCAGAAGUCCAAGGAGAUCUACAACGCCAAAACCGUGGAGCAGGAGCGCCUCCGCAAAGAGGGGGCCACCCAGAGAGAUGUGGACAAGGCUGGAGUGAAAGCCAAAAAAGCCACAGAAACCUACAAAGCAUAUGUGGAGAAGUAUGCCACAGCCAAGUCAGAAUUUGAACAGAAGAUGACCGAAACUGCACAGAAAUUCCAAGACAUUGAAGAAAACCACAUUCUCCACAUGAAGGAGAUCAUUCAGUCAUACUCGCAGUCAGUCAACGAGACCCACAUUCAAAUAGCAGAGCUCCACCACGAGUUUGUGAGGAACGUUGAAAACACCUCGGUGGAGAGCUUGAUACAGAAGCUGUCCGAGAGCAAAGGAACGGGAAAGGAGAGACCAGGGUCCAUUGAGUUUGAGGAGUGCAAUACAGCUAUCGCAACUGAAGGUGCUAAACCCAGGAAGCGAAAACCAUUCGGCAUCCCAGGUCGUAGUAAGAAAGACAAGGACACAGACUCCACGGAGUCUACAGAAGUUGAAGCUGCUAACACUGCCAAUGGCGCUCCCCCCGGAUACUAUGGGGCCAUAGACAUCCAGAAUGCUAAUGUCCCCCAGGUUGAUGCGGAGGGCUUCUGUAUCCGACCAGAAGGAAAUGAAAACGAUGCCAAAGAGAAUUCCUUCUAUUCGUCCAGCGACUCCGAGGACGAGGACGAACCCAGGAAGUUCCACGUCGAGAUCAAGCCCGUUCAGCCAAACAACGGAACGCACCAGAACCGAGCCACCAUUGACGAGCUCAAAGCCUCCAUUGGAAACAUCAUCCUGUCGCCCUCCACCUCGGGACAGAUGCGGAGGAACCAGUCCAGGACCACAGGAGUAUCUGCAUUAAGCCCUAAGGCUCAGGGUCGUGGCGAUGAGCUGGCUAAACCCAGAGUGCCAACAUCGUAUGAACUGACCAACAAUGACCUUCUGUCUCUGGACCCGUUCGGCCCGACUCUGGCAGCAGGCUCCUCCUCCUCUGUCUCCUCCUCAGCAGUGCCGUUACCGCACCGGCCCACCACGCCGCUGACAGCCGGAGCCCUGGUGCCCCCACCACGACCCUCCUCCAGGCCCAAGCUCCCCACUGGAAAACUCACAGGAAUCAAUGAGAUUGUACGACCGUUCAGCCCACCCAAAACCUCCGGCGCCAGCCCUCCACCCGCUGCCCCACUCGCCCGGGCGGAGAGUUCCUCCUCCUUGUCCUCGAAUGCCUCUCUCAGCGCCGGCAACACCCCCACCGUUGGGACGUCUCGCGGUCCCAGCCCUGUGACCCUGGCAUCCCAAGAUGCUUUGCCCAUUGCCGUGGCCUUCACAGAGUCGGUUAAUGCUUACUUCAAAGGAGCUGAUCCUUCUAAGUGCAUUGUGAAGAUCACGGGAGACAUGACUCUGUCGUUCCCCAUGGGCAUCAUCAAGGUGUUCACCUCCAACCCCUCCCCGGCCGUCCUCUCCUUCAAACUGAAGAACAUCAGCAGGCUGGAGCAGAUCCUACCCAACCAGCAGCUCUUAUACAGUGAUCCUUCCCAAAGUGACUCAAAUUCCAAGGACUUCUGGUUCAACAUGCAAGCGCUGACGUCCUACCUCAGAAAAGCCUCUGAUCAGAAUCCCUCAGCUUCCUACUACAAUGUGGACAUCCUAAAAUAUCAGGUGUUGUCUGAUGGGAUCCAUUCCACGCCUCUAAACAUGGCCGUGUACUGGAAGUGUACAGACACUACAACAGACCUGAGGGUAGACUACCGCUACAACCCAGAUUCCAUGGCCUCUCCUGGGCAGCUCACCAACGUCCAGAUCUUAGUGCCUGUUGACGGGGGAGUCACCAACCUGCAGUCUCUGCCUAACUCCAUAUGGAAUUCCGAGCAAAAUAAGUGUUUGUGGAAGCUGAGUGACAUCUCAGAAAAGUCUGAAAAUGAAGGUGCUGGAUCGCUGAGGGCCAAGUUCGAGCUGUCCAGCGGUCCGUCAAACCCCUCCACCAUGGCAGUGCAGUUUAUGAAUGAGGGGAGCACCCUGUCCGGAGUGGACAUGGAGCUCCAGGGGCCUGGAUACAGACUUUCUCUCAGCAAGAAGAGAUUCGCCUCAGGACGUUAUAUGGCAGAUUGCUGAGGUGUUCCCCCCCGCUCUGGUUCACAUACACACAUCUCUCUCUACACACAACGUGGCAACUUUAGCCUCGGAAACCUCUGGAUCCACCUGAGCACCACUGUGCUUUUUGCCCAGGAGGCAAGAAUCUCACUACAAUAAAACAGCACUGAGUAUUGAACACUGUCUAAAAAAAAAAGAAUAAAAGAAAACUAAGAUGAGCUUUCAGGAACUGUGUAGAUAUGAAGUGGAAUAAUGCUUUCUCAUCAGUUCACUUUUGUAUCGUCAGAAACGAUUUAUGGAUUAGAUAUAAAUCUAUAUUGUUUUUUUAAAUCAUAAAAAAAAAGAAAAGAAAAAAGUGCACUAACAAUCUUUCAGAUUCUCUUUUUUGCCGCAUGUUUGUUCCUCUUUUCCCGAGCCUUUGAGGAAUUUAAAACAAAACCAUUUCUGUCUGGGAGAGAAGAGAAGAACGUCUCUUUUUCCUCUGAUCUGUAAAUAUUAACGCUGAAUCUUCUGCUGCACCAGCUCUGGCUUAGUUCUCAAAUCACUUUUGUUUGCUGAUCAUUCACUCACGCCUCCGCACAAGUAGUCUUUUUGUGUUUUGUUUCAUGUGCAAUGAAGCCAUGAAGGUAAAAUCUCUCUCACUCUCUCUCACUUUCUUAUGGCACAAGCUUGAUCUUUACACUAACUUUGAAGUGCUUUCAAACAAAAUGCAAAAAACUAAAUCUGACCUCAGUGCCUCCUCUUAUUCUGUGGAUCAGUAGGUAACAAAAGUGCUUCAAUGUUUUCCCCAGAUCUGGGUUGUUCUAGAUUUAAGCUACAUUUCUCUGUGGUAACAUGCAUGGAGUUUUUUAAACAAUCACCCAUAAUGGGCUUUGUGAUCAGUGGGCUCUUUUUUUACAAUUUAUUAUUUUUUCCCUUUUUAAAUUCCCCUUUCAGUCACGACGUGUCUUUUUUUUCUACAUUUGAACCCCAAAUUUCUAUUCUUCUCACCAAAUCUUGACUUUAAACAUUGUGUCAAAUGUUAGAUACCUAAAAAAAAAAUAGCAAGGGCGUUACCCCAAAAAGUCGUAGCUUUUUCUAAACUGGCUGUGUUGUUUAUAAUCAAACGUUUGUGCCCUAUCGAUGGAGAAAUGUGCCUGAAUCGAACUUGUUUUGUAAACUCCAGCACAGUUCAUGAGAACAGCACCAACGUUGUGCCAGUUGUGUUUUUUACAGCUCUGUUUGGAUACCGAAGGGAAAAUGUCGCCUCUUUUUACAAGCCAACAGUCUUCCAGAAAUUAAUUUGUCACGUUUUGCCUUCUUGGAUUGAGUUUGACCAUUUAACUCAUUCGUUUUUUUUCUAAUAUCUCGUUUUCUUUUCUGUACUCGUCUGUCGACCUCAACCUGCCACAUACUCACUGAGCAUUAGUGAGGUUUGAGAACAGUAGCACAUUAAGGCCAAAUUAACGAUCGAAAUGCCUUAAACCAACUGCUCUACACUGUGUAAUCCAGUGUGGGUUACAUGCUGUGACACAGUGUUGCCAUUGCCCUGUAAUAGAUUACUGAUGGGUCCUGCCUCUCGCACAGUGCAUGCUGGGAUAAGCUUCAGCCUCUUGUACAGCAGGAGCGCCUGUAGAAAGAGGAUGAGUGGAAAUGUGUCAUGUUUGGAGGGCUGCUGCUGCUGCUGCUGUUAGAGGCUGUUGUACUUCUAGAUGGAGUAUUUUACGUUAUGUUGUGAGUCGGACCUACUUUUGUUGAUCUCAUCCUUGCGAUGAUCCUGAAAUUGGUCGGCUCGUCUGGAGAUGCAAUAAUUUCGUGGAAGCUGUGAUUGAAUAUGGAUGAAACCUUGCGGGAGGCAGGAGUUUCAUACGCUGUGCAUCCUGUGGCCAACUGACCUCAAACAAGAUUUUAGGAGACAACAGUUCAGACUCAUGUUUAAUCACUUUGUCAGUGCUCUAAAACUUUUUAACUGGUUUACAGCUGAUUUAAACUCAAGCCCUCAUUUGAUUCAUUUAAUGUCUCACUUGGAAACGUCACGAUUCAUCAUAUCUUACCAGGGGGAUAAAUGUAUUCCUAAAUUCAUAAUGUUUUUAAUGUUUUGUAUGAUUCUUUAGUAGCUGGAUUAAGACUCAAGCUUUUAAUACUAUCUUAGAGCCAGACACUGUUGUUGUCUGUUGAACUUUUAAUCAGCCAAAUGUUUGAAAUGAAUGAGUUUAUAUGAAAUCCUAAAAUUGUAGCACCAGACGUUUGUACAGCGAAAAAUCAACAUGUUGCUCUGUGAUCCCCCUGUAAUCAAUUCUGUCCAUGAUUUAUGGUCAGAUGAACCAAAUGCAUUAACAAAAAUGGACUUCACAGAUUCUGUAGUUAUAUUCAGUAUUAGCAAGCUGGUUCUUGCUGUCCCCGCAAAACUUUCUGAAUAACUUUUUGAAGGCUCAUUUCUAGGUCACUUUCAUUUUCUUUCUUUAUCUGUUCUAUGAAGAGCAACAUUUUGUAAAUGAUUCUCAUAAAUUGUACAUUUUUACCAAUAUCAGCCACUUUUUGUCUCUACUUUAUGAUUUUCUCAUUGUGCCUGUAUUAAAUGUGUAAUAUAUGAAUAUAUACAAAUAUAUGAAAAUGACUACUUCAA